AUGUUCCGUCAGGCGUUUGCUGGAAGGACAUCAAUCGUGUCACUGCCUUUCCUAACAGCACCACGAACAUUGUUGAAGAACAUUACGGAUCCUCCUACUAGGAAGGCAGUUCUGCAUGCCGCUGCUUGGAGCCGACAUCCGGACUUCGGAAUAACUCACUCUCAAUCUUAUUCUACAGUGGUUGUACACAAUCGUUCGCGCUACCGCGCUCGUCGACUUUUCAACUUCCUCGCCAUCGGCACGGUAUCUUUCGCACUCGGAGCAUAUCUCGCGAUCGAAUAUUCACCUCCUCUUCUUACCCCGUGGAUCAUGGGGUCGUUACCGACGGAUGAGGAGACUCUGUCCAUUUACGAGGCUCCGGAUGAGUAUUCGCGGAGCAUCGAUGAACACAUCAAGAACUGUUCGUUAGCUACGAAGCUGAGGGCAAAUCCCGAUUUCCAGGAAUCAAGACCACAUCUGAAGAUUCCCGAAGCGGUCAGGUCACACAAUCUUACUGCUGGAACUUUGGCUGGCCCUGGGAUGAUCGUCGUACCACCCUACAUCUGGAAUGAAAGAGAAGGCAAAGAAUUGGUAGAGAUAUUCUACCUGGGGAAUAAUGUAUCUGGGCACUCGGGAAUCGUGCAUGGAGGUUUGUUGGCGACCAUGUUGGACGAGGGCCUUGCACGAUGCUGCUUUCCAGUUCUACCAAAUAAAGUCGGUGUAACAGCAAGCUUACAGAUCAACUAUAAGAAGCCUACAAAGGCCGAUCAAUAUCUAGUCUUGAAAGCGACUACAACGAAAGUGGAAGGAAGGAAAGCUUUUGUUGAAGGUCACAUCGAGACAAUGCCAGAGGACGGUGAAGAACCCGAGAUACUGGUUUCGGCAAAUGCAUUGUUCAUUGAGCCUAAACAUGCGACCCACCCACUUAUCCCCGGCAGGCCGGGCGAGAUGUCGAAGAACACCAAAUACCUAUUCGUUUCCGUUCCUUCUUCAGUUACACCCUCAGGUCACAAAGAUGACGCUCUGCAGGCUGUACAGACAGCCGCGAAUGACUAUGCUACUGUCUCUCCCUUCUCUAUUCCUGAAUUUAAGAUUGGAACCCUGGAUGCUCUGAUCCAGCAAUCUGAAGAGCUGGCAAAGCUAUCUGGGAUGUGCGAAGGCGUUGUCUCGAAGGUAGGAGAUAGUCUGCGCAAUAUUCUUGAAGGAGAUGAAGGGAAGAUUGCUCAGCAGAAGACAGUGAAUGAUAAACCGCUCGACCAAUACCUACGAACAUUCUCAUGGAACAAAGUCAAAUAUCGAGUAGACAAACCAUUAGCUGAGCUCAUUGACUCAUUACAAAAGGAAGCAAGCUCCAUUGACAACGAUGUCCGCGCCAAAUACAACCAAUACAACAACCUUAAAACAACCCUCCAGACCUUGACUCGUAAACAAACCGGCAACCUGGCCACCAAAUCGCUUGUCUCCGUCGUUCCUCCGCAGCUCAUCAUCCAGGACUCUGAAUACCUGGAAACCCAUCUCAUCGCCGUACCCAACUCAUCCACCAAAGAAUUCACCCGCGCAUAUGAAACGCUAAGUCCCAUGAUCGUCCCACGCUCCGCUACCUUCAUCUCUCAGGAUGAAGAGUUCAGUUUAUAUGCAGUAACUACCUUCAAGAAACAUAGUCUGGAGUUUGUGCAUAGAUGCCGAGAGAGGAAAUGGGUGCCACGGGACUUCAAGUACAAAGAGGGGGGGAAAGAGGAGGAAGAAAAGGAGGUGGAUAGAGUGGCGGCAGAAGAAAGAAAGCUGUGGGGCGAGACACUACGGAUGGCACGGACAGGCUGGAGUGAGACCGUUAUGGCUUGGGUGCAUGUGCUUGUCCUGAGGGUGUUCGUUGAGACUGUGUUGAGAUAUGGACUCCCACUCGACUUUGUCUGUGGCAUGCUCACGACAACGGGCAAGCAAGAAAAGAAAGCUCGCAGUGGCCUGGACGCUGCGUUCUCAUAUCUCGCAGGCAACGCCUUUGGAAGAGAUAAGAAGGGCAGACUGACGAAGGACGACUCAUCCAUGAGCGCUGACAUGCAAGCAGCGGGUCAAAUGGGCGAUGCAGGGGAUUACUCGGCUUAUGUUUGCUAUGAUUUGCAGGUAGAGUAG